AUGGGGUCCGUGAACAGAGCGGCAAGGUUCAAGUAUUCUCAAAUCUCCAAUCUUCUGUUCAGUGGUAGAAGCAGGGGAACCAUAUCUGCUGAAGCCUGCUUUGAUAGUACUAGUAGGAGAUUGAUUUCACCAUGUUAUCACCUGGGUUGGAGUCAAAAUGCUUCCUUCUGUUCGAACUCUGCUCGUCACCAUGGCAAAGAUAGUUCGAGUAUUGAUUUGAACCAGUACCCGUCUGAUAAAAUUCGUAAUUUUUCGAUUAUUGCGCACGUUGAUCAUGGAAAGUCUACCUUAGCUGACCGGCUUUUGGAGCUUACUGGCACUAUCAAGAAAGGCCAUGGUCAACCUCAGUAUCUAGAUAAGCUUCAGGUUGAGAGAGAACGCGGGAUAACUGUUAAAGCACAGACUGCAACAAUGUUCCACACACACAACUUCCUCGGGUCAGACACAAAUUUCUUACUGAACCUUAUUGACACACCUGGCCAUGUGGACUUCAGCUAUGAAGUUUCUAGAUCUUUAGCAGCUUGCCAGGGCGCCCUUUUGGUGGUUGAUGCAGCACAAGGGGUUCAAGCGCAAACUGUUGCAAACUUUUAUCUGGCUUUUGAGUCUAACUUGACUGUAAUCCCUGUUAUAAACAAAAUUGAUCAGCCAACUGCUGAUCCAGAUAGAGUUAAAGAACAAUUGAAAUCAAUGUUUGAUCUUGAUCCAAAUGAUGCACUUUUGACGUCUGCCAAAACAGGGCUAGGUCUGGAGAAGGUUCUUCCAGCUGUCAUUGAGCGGAUACCUCCUCCUCCUGGGAAAUGUACUUCUCCUUUACGUAUGCUUCUAUUAGAUUCUUAUUAUGAUGAAUACAAAGGUGUCAUAUGCCAUGUCGCAGUUGUUGACGGCUCUAUAACUAAGGGUGAUAAAAUUUCUUCUGCCGCAACCGGUCGCUCCUAUGAAAUAUUGGAUGUUGGUAUCAUGCACCCUGAACUCACCCCUACCGGAAUCCUUUUAACUGGACAAGUUGGGUAUAUAGUUACUGGUAUGCGAUCAACAAAGGAGGCUCGCAUUGGGGAUACUCUUCACCACAGUAGAAGCCAUGUUGAACCCCUUCCUGGUUUUAAGGCAGCAAAGCAUAUGGUGUUUUCUGGCCUAUAUCCAGCGGAUGGAUCUGAUUUUGAAGCACUUAACCAUGCCAUAGAGAGACUGACAUGUAAUGAUGCUAGCGUAUCUGUCACCAAAGAGAGUAGUCAAGCACUUGGCAUGGGAUUUAGGUGUGGUUUCUUGGGCUUACUUCAUAUGGAUGUUUUUCAUCAAAGGCUUGAACAGGAACACGAAGCACAUGUUAUUUCAACUGUUCCUACAGUACCUUAUAUCUUUGAGUACUCUGAUGGAAGCAAAGUAAUAGUCCAGAAUCCUGCUUCAUUGCCUUCGGAUCCCAAGCAUCGAUUGACAGCUUGCAUGGAACCAACUGUUAUUGCUACCAUUAUUAUGCCUAGUGAGUAUGUAGGGGCUGUUAUAACUCUCUGUUCUGAUCGGCGGGGGGAGCAGCUGGAGUACUCAUUUAUUGAUAGCCAACGUGCUUUUAUGAAGUAUCGUUUACCUUUGAGGGAAAUUGUCGUCGACUUCUACAAUGAAUUGAAGAGUAUAACAUCUGGUUAUGCGUCAUUUGAUUACGAGGAAGCAGAAUACCAGGCUUCAGAUUUGGUGAAACUUGAUAUUCUACUGAAUGGGCAACCUGUUGAUGCUAUGGCAACUAUUGUCCAUAGAUCAAAGGCACCACGGGUUGGGCGUGAACUUGUGGACAAGCUGAAGAAAUUCAUUGACAGGCAAAUGUUCGAGAUAACUAUACAAGCGGCCAUUGGAUCAAAGAUCAUUGCCAGGGAGACGCUUUCGGCUCUGAGAAAAAAUGUUCUUGCCAAGUGUUAUGGUGGUGAUGUUACUAGAAAGAGGAAACUGUUGGAAAAACAGAAAGAAGGGAAGAAGCGAAUGAAACGUGUGGGUAGUGUUGAUAUUCCCCAAGAGGCUUUUCAUGAACUCUUGAAGGUUGGGUAG